AGUCUCAGGCUCCUGGGCCCGCCCCGUUGGGCGGCAGCUCGGGGAGGAGUGUGCGGUCGGAGGAUGUGAUUUCACAGCCCGGGAUUGCUGUUUGAAGGGCGGCCACAUCCUAGGGGCCGCACAGUGUCGGCCUGCAACCCACCUGACCGGAGAGGCGCCGCUGGGGACGGACCCGUACCUCCUCCCACCGCCGAGGUUGUUUGCCCUUUAUUCUGCUUGGGUUCCCCUUAGCUUCGCUGCUUGUGACACGGAUACGCCCCUAGCUUCAGGCAUCCCCAGAUAGCCACACACACAAAGUCCGGAAGGAAGAGCACUGAGCUCCCAGUGGAAACUUCAUUCUCACAGGAAUUACUUUCUGGGCGUUACCUGACAGAAUCCCGGGAACCUAUUGCCUUUAGAGUAUGAGGCUCUCACCUCCACUGGCCACUCACUCGUGACCCUUCACCACGGCGGAACCUUCCAAGCCCACCUCUUGCCGUGUGGUGAUCUACCUGAAGCGGGAGAUGUCGGGGGAUACCUGCUUGUGCCCAGCUUCAGGGGCCAAGCCCAAGCUAAGCGGCUUCAAGGGAGGAAGCCUGGGCAACAAAUACGUCCAGCUCAAUGUGGGCGGCUCGCUGUACUACACCACCGUGCGGGCACUCACCCGGCACGACACCAUGCUCAAGGCCAUGUUCAGCGGGCGCAUGGAGGUGCUGACUGACAAGGAAGGCUGGAUCCUCAUAGACCGAUGUGGAAAGCACUUUGGCACCAUUUUGAAUUACCUCCGUGAUGAUACCAUCAUCCUCCCUCAGAACCGUCAAGAAAUCAAGGAAUUGAUGGCUGAAGCGAAAUAUUACCUCAUUCAGGGCCUGGUGAACAUGUGCCAGAGUGCCCUGCAGGACAAGAAGGACUCCUACCAGCCCGUGUGCAACAUCCCCAUCAUCACCUCCCUGAAGGAGGAGGAGAGGCUCAUCGAAUCUUCCACCAAGCCUGUGGUGAAGCUGCUGUACAACAGAAGCAACAACAAGUACUCCUACACCAGGCCUGCUGGCCCUCCUGGGUUUUUCAGCAACUCCGACGACCACCUACUGAAAAACAUUGAGCUGUUCGACAAGCUCUCGCUGCGCUUCAACGGCCGUGUGCUCUUCAUCAAGGACGUCAUCGGGGAUGAGAUCUGCUGCUGGUCGUUCUAUGGCCAGGGUCGCAAGCUGGCCGAGGUGUGCUGCACCUCCAUUGUGUAUGCGACCGAGAAGAAGCAGACCAAGGUGGAAUUUCCAGAGGCCCGGAUCUACGAGGAGACACUCAACGUCUUACUCUACGAGACCCCGCGAGUCCCAGACAACUCCUUGUUGGAGGCCACAAGCCGUAGCCAUAGCCAGGCUUCCCCCAGUGAAGACGAGGAGACCUUUGAACUACGGGACCGUGUCCGUCGCAUCCAUGUCAAACGCUAUAGCACUUACGAUGACCGCCAGCUGGGCCACCAGUCUGCCCAUCGUGACUGACAAAACCCUCAGGGAGCCAGGGCAUGGGACCCCCCCGACUCCCGUCCUGUGGAACCCUGCCCUAUUGGCCAGCCCACGCUGCUGCUGGCUGGGCUUCUGCUCCAGCUCCCACAGGCAUGCUAGGCCCUGCCUGCGAGGUCAGAGGGCCUGAGUAGGGGAGGGACCACAUUGCUUUGCCCUGCUCCCUGAGCACUUCAAAAUGGCUGAGUCCUGGCCCCUUUGCUCAGCAUCUCCCUUCCUGUGACAGGGAGCUGCUUCUGCCCCCGGGGUGAGUGGACUAAUGUGCCCACAUCCUGCUAGAGCAUCCCCUGGGCCCUUUGCUAAAUGCCCCUUUGCUUAGCCGAGGCCCACAGGAAGUGGGUCAUUCUGUGGAGAAGGUGCUGCUGGUGCUGUGGAGGCCCAGUUUCUUACAAGGUGGGGCUCCUUUUUUCUUACGAUGUUUAAGCACAGGCUUGAGGUUUGUGGGUUUUUUU